AUAUUGCUGUGUCAAGUUUCAGUGAAGAGUUUCUUCUUUUCCAAAUUACUAAUCAGACUACAACAUGUCGCGUUGAAGGAAAAGACUAGGAGGAAAGGGGCGCCCUGCUGGCCACGAGCAAGAAAAUCCAGCACCAAGAAGUCUCAGGGAGAAAGCCUGGCCAUGCUCACAGCUGUUGCUGGACUUGUGAGGGGGGAAACACACUGAGUGAAGGGCAGAAGAGGAGAAAACAGAAAUGCUCUGCCCCUGGAGAACUUCUGACCUCGGGCUACUCCUGCUGCUCACCGUCUUCUCAGUGGCGGUUCACUUUUUGGAGCAUGUACCCAUGGGCACAAGAGCUGUGCUCUGUUGCCCUCCUGUCCUACUGGAAAGUGUCGUGGUAAUAACAUGGAAAAUAGCCCUCAGAAGCCAGCCUCUCUGCACAAGAGCCUAUAAAAAAGAAACAAAUGAGACCAUCCACGCCAACUGCACUGAUGGGAGAAUAACCUGGGCCUCCAGACCUGACCUGAGUCCUCACCUUCAGAUUAAUGCAGUGGCUGUCUCUCAUGAUGGAAUGUACACCUGUGAAAUAGUAACAUCUAACGGGAAUUUCCACAAUGUGUAUCACCUCCAAGUGCUAGCUCAGUAUACCCAUCAGUUUUGGAAAAUGAGAUACAAGCAUCAAUCUUGUGUGACAUUUUCAGAAAAUCUUCUUAAAGAGAAAGAAAAGGUUAUUUUUGCUUCCUGCUUAUUUCCAGUAUGAUGAGUGAAACUCCAUCAGCCAACUUGAACCGUGGAUAACACUGAGGAUGGCAGUUACUCACUAAGAUGGGGGGAAAGAAUGAUAGAAGGAUCCUGGGCCUGAUAAUCACGGAGUGAUAAUCAUUACACUAUACCUAUUGAUCUUUUGAGAGAGAGAGAAUAAACUAUUUUGU